AUGCGCACAGCAGGGCCUACCACCAUGCGACUGAGCUCCCUGUUGGCUCUUCUGCGACCAGCACUGCCCCUCAUCCUGGGGCUGUCUCUGGGAUGCAGCCUGAGCCUCUUGCGGGUUUCCUGGAUCCAGGGUGAGGGAGAAGAUCCCUGUGUAGAGGCUGUGGGGGAACCAGGAGGCCUGCAGAAUCCCGACUCAAGAAUUGGGCUUGACCAAAGUGAUGAAGAGUUCAAACCGCGGAUUGUCCCCUACUAUAGGGAUCCCAACAAGCCUUACAAGAAGGUGCUGAGGACUCGGUACAUCCAGACAGAGCUGGGCUCUCGGGAGCGGUUGCUGGUGGCUGUUCUGACUUCUCGGGCCACACUAUCCACUUUGGCUGUGGCUGUGAACCGCACAGUGGCCCACCACUUCCCUCGGUUACUGUACUACACUGGACAGCGGGGGGCCCGGGUUCCAGCAGGGAUGCAGGUGGUAUCUCAUGGGGACGAGCGGCCGGCCUGGCUCAUGUCAGAGACCCUGCGCCAUCUGCACACACACUUUGGGGCCGACUACGACUGGUUCUUCAUCAUGCAGGAUGACACGUACGUGCAGGCCCCCCGCCUGGCAGCCCUCACUGGCCACCUCAGCAUCAACCAAGACCUGUACCUGGGCCGGGCGGAGGAGUUCAUCGGCGCUGGCGAGCAGGCCCGGUACUGCCACGGGGGCUUUGGCUACCUGUUGUCUCGGAGUCUCCUACUUCGAUUGCGGCCACAUCUGGACGGCUGCCGAGGGGACAUUCUCAGUGCCCGUCCUGAUGAGUGGCUUGGCCGCUGCCUCAUCGACUCUCUGGGUAUCGGCUGUGUCUCGCAGCACCAGGGGCAGCAGUAUCGCUCAUUUGAACUGGCCAAAAACAGAGACCCCGAGAAGGAGGGAAGCUCGGCUUUCCUGAGUGCCUUUGCAGUGCACCCUGUGUCGGAAGGGACCCUCAUGUACCGGCUCCACAAGCGCUUCAGCACCCUGGAGCUGGAGCAGACGUACAGCGAAAUAGAGCAACUGCAGGCUCAGAUCCGGAACCUGACCGCACUGACCCCCGAGGGGGAGGCGGGGCUGAGCUGGCCUGUGGGGCUCCCGGCCCCGUUCACUCCGCGCUCUCGAUUUGAGGUACUGGGCUGGGACUACUUCACAGAGCAGCACAUCUUCUCCUGUGCGGAUGGGGCGCCCAAGUGCCCCCUGCAAGGGGCUAGCCGGGCGGACGUGGGCGACGCUGUGGAGACGGCUCUGGAGCAGCUGAAUCGGCGCUAUCAGCCCCUGCUGCGAUUCCAGAAGCAGCGGCUGCUCAAUGGCUACCGGCGCUUCGAUCCGGCGCGGGGCAUGGAGUACACCCUGGACCUGCUGCUGGAGGCCGUGACGCAGCGUGGGCACCGGCGGGCUCUGGCCCGCAGGGUCAGCCUGCUGCGGCCGCUGAGUCGAGUGGAAAUCCUGCCCAUGCCCUACGUCACGGAGGCCACCCGUGUGCAGCUGGUGCUGCCACUCCUGGUGGCGGAGGCUGCUUUGGCCCCUGCUUUCCUCGAGGCCUUCGCGGCCAGCGUUCUGGAGCCACGGGAGCAUGUGUUGCUCACCCUCCUGCUGGUCUACGGGCCACAGGAAGGUGGCCGGGGGGCCCCGGACCCGUUUCUCGGGGUGAAGGCUGCCGUGGCCGAGUUGGAGCGACGGUACCCUGGGACGAGGCUGGCCUGGCUCGCCGUGCGGGCGGAGGCCCCAUCCCAGGUACGGCUCAUGGACGUGGUGUCUAAGAAGCACCCGGUGGACACGCUGUUCUUCCUCACCACCGUGUGGACCCGGCCCGGACCCGAAGUGCUCAACCGCUGCCGCAUGAACGCCAUCUCUGGCUGGCAGGCCUUCUUCCCCAUCCAUUUCCAGGAGUUCCAUCCUGCCCUGGCACCACAGAGGUCUCCCCCGGGGGCUGGCCCCGACCCGCCGUCCCCUCCAGGUGCUGACCCUGCCCGGGGGGCUCCUGGAGGAGGCCGGUUUGACCGCCACGCUUCCGCGGAGGGCUGCUUCUACAACGUCGACUACCUGGCUGCCCGCGCCCGGCUGGCCGCUGAACUGGCAGGCCAGGAAGAGGAGGAAGCCCUGGAGGGGCUGGAGGUGAUGGAUGUGUUCCUCCGGUUCUCAGGGCUCCACCUCUUCCGAGCCGUGGAGCCAGGGCUGGUGCAGAAGUACUCCCUGCGGGACUGCAGCCCUCGGCUCAGCGAGGAACUCUAUCACCGCUGCCGCCUGAGCAACCUGGAGGGGCUGGCCGGCCGGGCCCAGCUCGCCAUGGCCCUGUUCGAGCAAGAGCAGGGCAACAGCACCUAG